AUGGUUGCUCCAACAGGGCCUUCUAAAAAAACAGGAACUGUCGCGCCGCUCGAACGCGUUAAACUUCUUCUUCAAACUCAGGAUGUCAAUCAAAAAAUCGCCGCUGGACGAAAAUACAAAGGAUUUGCUGAUUGUCUUGUGCGUUGUAUUCGAGAAGAAGGACCCAUAUCUCUUUGGCGUGGAAAUUGGGCAAAUGUCAUCCGUUAUUUUCCAACACAAGCAUUGAACUUUGCGUUCAAAGAGCGCUAUCAACGAAUAUUUGCCAAUUACAAUCCAAAAACGGAUCCAUACAAAUUUUUUGUGGGAAAUCUUUUCGCGGGUGGCAUGGCAGGUGCAACAGGUCUACUCUUUGUCUAUCCACUUGAUUUUGCUCGAACACGACUUGGUGUUGAUAUCGGAAAAUCAGUUCAAGAACGGCAAUUUAAAGGAAUGAACGACUGUCUUGUUAAAAUCUAUAAAGCUGACGGUAUUCAAGGCCUCUAUCGAGGUUUUUCAAUCAGCGUGGCAGGUAUAUUUGUCUAUCGAGCAUUCUACUUUGGUGGUUACGAUGCUGGAAAAAAGUUUUUGUUUGGUGACAAUCCAAAUCCCAAUAUAUUUUAUCGUUUUCUCUUCGCGCAAUUUAUUACUUCGUCCUCGGAGUUCCUUGCCUAUCCACUCGAUACAAUUCGACGUCGAUUAAUGAUGCAAAGUGGUCGUAACGAUGUUAUCUACCGAGGAACAUUGGACUGUGCUCGAAAGAUCGCUGCUACUGAAGGCUUAACCGCGUUCUUCAAAGGAAAUCUUUCCAAUAUGUAUCGUAGCAUCGGUUCAUCAUUAGUUCUUGUUCUCUAUGAUGAAUUCAAACGCUGGAUACUCUUGGCUGGCGAAUCAUCUGCUACCAAAUAA